AUGAAGAGUAGUGAAGGUCGUCGUCAUCAAGGCGUCGUAAGGACGGGUAUGAUUCAUCAAUGUGGUUUUAAUCUGCGACCCACCAACAGGCGGCUCGAUUCGCCACCGGCUAGUAAGGGAGUAUUUACCAAAGUGCCAUCAAAGACCGUCGGAGAAAGUGAACGGUCCAAGUACAGUAAUUGCCACGUGUCGCCGGCUAUCAAGUCGGGACACAAAUCUAAGGGUCGCAGUAAGAUACAACCGACAAGUUUGUGGAGUGAGGAUAUGCUUGACCGGCUCGUCGGGUCGGACUCGUCCUCUGCUACUGAUAUUUUGGAUACAUUAUGUAAUGGAGAUCAUGAUGAGCAUUAUUAA